AUGCCGCAGCGCCACUCGAAGAACAACAACGACCUCGCGUUCUUCACGUACGAUGAGAAACGGAAGCUCGGGUACGGGACCCAGCGGGAGCGGCUGGGCAAGGACUCCAUCAAGCCCUUCGACGUCUGCAGCCUCUGCCUCAAGCCCUUCGUCUCCCCCCUCUGCUGCCCCAAGGGCCACCUCUUCUGCAAGGAGUGCAUCCUCGAAUGCCUUCUCUCCCAGAAAAAGGACAUCCACCGGUAACUUCUCCCCAAAAUCCUCCCUUUCUCUCUCUAUGUGUUCCUCUUUCUCUCUCUAGAGUAAAUUGAUGGGUGGAUGGGAGCAGGAGGCUGGCGGCCUACGCGGCGCAGCAGAAGCAGGAGAGGGAGGAGGAGGAGGAGAAGCUGAUGGAGCAGAGGGCGCGGAGGCUGGACGCCUUCGACCGGCAGAACCAUGGCGCGGUGCCGCACUACGACGGCGGCGGCGCGGCGGCGGAGGGGAAGAGCGGCGGCGGCGGAGGAGGAGGGUUUCAGGGGGCGAACAGUGUAAAGGUGACGUCGUACGAGGAGGAGGCCCUGAGGAACAUGAAGGCUUUCUGGCUGCCGUCGGCGACGCCGGAGGCGGCGGCGAAGGUGGAGGCGCCGUGCACGGCCACCGUGUGCCCGGAGGGGAAAGAGAAGCUGAAGCUCAAGUCAUUGUUCCCCAUCCGCCUGACGGGGCUCGAGGGGGGAACCGAGUACAUCUGCCCGAGCUGCAAGGUGACGCUGACCAACACGCACGCGCUGGUGGCGGUGAGUACCUGCGGGGACGUAUUCUGCAAGAAGUGCGCGGAGGAGUUCGUGGCGGCGGACGGGCUGUGCCUAGCCUGCAACAGGGCGUGCAAGGCGAGGCAUCUCGUGCCGCUUCAGAAGGGCGGCACGGGCUUCUCCGGCCACGACGACCGCCUCGAGGCCACCGAUUUCAAGCACCUCGGCAGCGGCUCUGGCCUCGGCCUCGUUAGGCCCGCCACCAAGACCUGA